UGUCAUCCGAGUCCCGGACGCUUGUGGCGGUGGCAGCGGGACCGGGUUGCGGCGCCACCAUGGCGGUGAGACAGGCGCUGGGCCGGGGCCUGCAGCUGGGUCGGUCGCUGCUGCUGCGCUUCACAGCCAAGCCUGGCCCAGCUUGCAGCUGGGGAAGGCCCGGCCCGGCGGCCGGCUGGGGCCGCGGAGAGCGCCGGGGCCGGGCCGCAGGACCCGGCGGAGAGCCGCGCGGGCUCGGACUCCCAGACCGCUACCGCUUUUUCCGCCAGUCGGUGGUCGGGCUGGCGGCGCGGCUCCAGCGGCAGUUCGUGGUGCGCGCCCGGGGCGGCGCGGGCCCUUACGGCCGAGCCGUCUUUCUGGCCUUCGGGCUGGGGUUGGGCCUCAUAGAAGAGAAGCAGGCGGAGGGCCGGCGGGCGGCGCUAGCCUGUCAGGAGAUCCAGGCAAUUUUUACCCAGAAAAACAAGCCAAUGCCUGACGCGCUGGACAUGCGACGCCGGCAGGGCUUCCGGCUGGAGGACUAUCUAAUAGGACAGUCCAUCGGCAAGGGCUGCAGCGCUGCUGUGUACGAAGCCACCAUGCCCGCCCUGUCCCAACACCUGGAGAAGGCAGAGCCCACCGGCGCUCUUCCAGGGAGAGGCCCAGAUGUCACCCCACAAGGAGAGGAAGGGGAGCAGGCUCUGGGAGGCCCAGCCUUCCCCUUCGCCAUCAAGAUGAUGUGGAACAUCUCGGCGGGCUCUUCCAGUGAAGCCAUUUUUAGGAAAAUGAGCCAGGAGCUGGUCCCAGCUAGCAGAGUGGCCCUGACUGGGGAGUAUGGAGCAGUUACUUACAGAAAAUCCAAGGGAGGUCCCAAGCAGCUAGCUCCUCACCCCAACAUCAUCCGGGUUGUCCGCGCCUUCACCUCCUCUGUGCCGCUGCUGCCGGGGGCCCUGACCGACUACCCUGACGUGCUGCCCCCUUGUCUGCACCCUGAAGGCCUGGGCCAUGGACGCACGCUGUUCCUCGUUAUGAAGAACUACCCCUGUACCCUGCGCGAGUACCUGCGUGUGAACACUCCCAGUCCCCGCCUGGCCACCAUGAUGACCCUGCAGUUACUGGAAGGCGUGGACCAUUUGGUCCAGCAGCGCAUCGCACACAGAGACCUCAAGUCGGACAACAUUCUGGUGGAGCUGGACGCAGACGGCUGCCCCUGGUUGGUGAUCUCUGAUUUUGGCUGCUGCCUGGCUGAUGAGCGUGUGGGCCUGCAGUUGCCUUUCACCAGCUGGUACGUGGACCUGGGCGGGAACGGCUGCCUCAGGGCUCCGGAGGUGUCCACAGCCUGUCCUGGCCCCAGAGCAGUGAUUGACUACAGCAAGGCCGACGCCUGGGCGGUGGGAGCCAUCGCCUAUGAAAUCUUCGGGCUUGCCAAUCCCUUUUACGGCCAGGGCAGGGCCCACCUUGAAAGCCGCAGUUACCAAGAGGCUCAACUACCAGCACUGCCCGAGUCGGUGCCUCUGGACACCAGGCAGCUGGUGAGGGCAUUGCUCCAGCGAGAGACCAGCAAGAGACCAUCUGCCCGAGUAGCUGCAAACGUGCUUCAUCUGAGCCUCUGGGGCGAGCACAUCCUAGCCCUGAAGAAUCUGAAAUUAGACAAGAUGAUUAGCUGGCUCCUCCACCAAUCAGCUGCCGCCCUGUUGGCCAACAGGCUGGAGGAGAAGAGCUGCGUGGAAACAAAGCUGAAGGUGCUGUUCCUGGCCAACCUGGAGUGUGACGCGCUCUGCCAGGCCGCCCUCCUCCUCUAUUCCUGGCGGGUAACCCCCUGAUGGCUCUGCGCCAGCUGGUGUGUUAGUAAAGGACUCAGUGGCAUCUGUGUGGUGGCAGUGUAUAGUGUCAAAGGAGAGUGGGGGUCAGAGGACAAGCUGGCGCAGGGGGGCUGGUAAGCCAGGGAAGGCCUUGGGUUUGGCAGGAACUACUUGAGUCAAAGUUCAGUUUGCGGCCACUACCUCCAGCCAUGUGGGUUUGGAUGAAGCUUAUGCCCUCUGCCAACUUGGCUUCUCCUAGCUGUAAAAUCAAGACGUUGGUCUCUAUCAGAAACACCCUCUGUAGAGGGCCAGCUAGUGAAUUAAGCUGUUGCAACUAAUCAACUCAGUGAUGCACGAAAGCAGCAUAACAACCAAAUGGGACUGUUCUGUUAGGGCUUUAUUUAUGGACACUGGAAUUUGAUUUUCAUGUAUCACCAGCUUGGCCCACAGGCCAGUUGCCAGGCCUGGUCUGGUGAACUCAUAGGGCUCACUCUACAAAGCAUGUUUCCCGACAGCGAGGUCCCUCUGUAUCGGUGAUAAAGACGAUGUGAGAUUCCCUGCAUGAAUCCAAGGGACCGCAGUGUCACCCAGGUGAGAAGUCAUACUCUGUCGUUAUUCACCAAGAAGUCCAACCUUAGGGCCCUUUUCUGGCCUCGCAGACCUCUCAAAGUGAUGGCCCAGCGGGUCUGUUGGAGGAUUCUGGGCUGAGGGAGAUCAGACCUGUGCUCGGCAGCAUGGAGGAUCCAGGCCAAGGCAGUGGCAGAAUUUGUGACAUUUGCCCUUAGUGCUGAGGAUGGACUGUGGUUCUUCUGGAGGGGGGCCUGGCACCAGUUGGUAUGUGCCACCUGGGCUGAGGCAGACAUCUGCAUGGUCAGUAUAUUCAGGGGUCAGCACAAAAAAACAUGAAAGUGAGGCCUGGGCUGUGGGUGCCCCUUCUGGACCAGCUCUGGAGGGCACAGAGAAAGCCUUUCCGGUGUUCCUCUAGCUACUGAGUUAAUCUAACAUUGCAAAGAUCACUGAUGAAAUGGAAAUUAACAGUGUGGCAUCUUAAACUUGUUGAUUUCCCUUUUGACUAGCAUUUCUGAGAUAUUAAAUACAAAUUUACAAUGCAGAGUA